AUGGCCCGCGCUGUGAAGAAAGAGGGGCCAACCGAUGAGGAAAUUCUCCAGGCUUUUCGUGGUUGUGAGUUUUUGGAUGAAGAAGAGGCGACGCGGAAGGCUCCAGAGAUCAUGGCCGUGGCUGUGCCGUUGGCUAAAUCAUUGCACGGGGCUGUCUUUGAUGUUUUUCAGCUGCGCAUGGACGCGGCGUGGCAGGAUCGCUUUGUGAUUGCGCCGUCCAUUGCGAUUCCAAAUUCCAUUUGGGCAGUGCUCCUCCACCCCGGCUCGGUCAACACAUCAGGCCUGAUCCUGACCGUGGUGACCGCGCUGAACUUAAUCAUGAACCGGAGGCAUCAAGUCGAGGUCGCCGCUGCCAAGCAGGCAGCCCAGGACCGGCAAGAGGCAGGGCAGGACCCAGACUACUCCGCUGAGAGCUGUGUGGACGCAGGGGCAGCCGGCAAGCUGUGGGACGGGAGUCCCUGGCACGGGCCGGUGAUGGACAAGACGCGGGCGUUCACCAUCGAACGCCCGUGGUAUUCCAUCUUGGCCGCGGGACAUGUCCCUGAAAUGUUCCAAGCCACGCAGCGCGACGCCUUCGGGCUGCGUGGGCGUCUGACUGUUUGCGUUCCGCAUCCAAGGUUCCAACCUUUGCGUGACAUCAUCGCGGCAUGUCAGAGCCUAUGUGUCCCCUCGAAGAAGCCGGAGGAUUUCCUCGCAGGUUUACUGUAUCCAGUCUUGGCCAAUGCUUUGCGCCAUCCAGAAGGCAUGGCGCUGGUAUUGACCAAGUACAACCGUUUGGCUUGGGGAGUCCAUGUGCUGACGGAGGUUUGCAAGCUCUUCUUGGCUUGCAAAGAGGAUGAGGGUUUUGAGCUGGCAGGUCGCUGGGGUGCUGAUUUCCAUCCGCCUUUGACAGUUCCGAAUGCUAGCUUGGAAUUUGCGUAUUGGCUGGCAGAAUCCAUGGACCGCUGGUGGGCUGUUCUGGAUUUCGCGUCGCCGGCGCAUGUCUUGCCGGAGGACCCACCAGACAGCUCGCAGGCCAUUCCGGCAGCAGCGGCGUCAGCUCCACCUCGAGCAGGUGGAACAAUGCCAGCUCCAGCUCCAGUGUCAGGUGUGCAUAAGUUCCAAGGGAUGCUGGCCAAGUAUAGGGGCAAGAAUGAGCUCAACAAGGAUGAGCUGGAUUUUCUGCUGGGGGUGAAGUUGUCCGAUAUUCCAGAGUGGGCUGCGGCGCUACAGCGCCAUUCUCAGCCACAGGAACAGGGAGUGACAACGUAUCGUCAGGUCAUGAGCAUUGUUUUGGGACAUGAGGGUGCUUGGUUUAACUUCAACUACAGCCAAGCUGCGAAGAGAAGCCUGGUGAAGCUGGCCGGAAAGGACUUUGCCAACAUGUAUGCUUUGAUGUCUUGCUUGCUCUUGUGCGGCUUGGGGCUGGGCACUGUCGUCCGCACAUUGCCGACGGCGGGCGGUGGUCGCCCGAAUUGGUUCUUCUGCAAGAGGGCAGUGGUUGCAAGCAUGGAGUGGGCCCUUGCAGGAUUGGGCGUUGCUGCAGAAACUACUCCCACUUUGGCGUCGUAUGCUGCUGCUGUGCAGACAUCGUUGGCUGAGCCAUCCCCCCCGCGGACACCUUGCAUUGAUUGGCUGACUGCGGUCGCUUCUUCGGGGGAGCAGGCCACCGUCCAAGCAUUCUUGGGAAUGCGGCCUCCACAUGAAGAGGGGCGCGGCGAGGAGGCCCGUCCCGCAGCGGUCGAAGAGGAUUUCGACGAGGCGUGGUUUUCAUUUGGGCGUGGCUCCAGAGCUGUUCUUUGUUUGAAACUCGUGUUAGAAUUGGUUUUGAUUAGUGAGGAGGAGGCGGCGGAGGAGGGGCAUCCGGCUGCUGAGGAGCGCCUCGCAGAACCCAGCUUCGGCGCAUAG